AUGGCAGACAAGAAAUCCAAUAAACCCAGUGUGUUGUGCUGCAUAGGUGACAUCCAUGGAUACAUAACUAAGCUGCAGAAUCUUUGGUCCAAUCUUGAAAUUCUAAUUGGCCCAGCUGAUUUUCAGACAGCCCGAAUCAUUUUCUUGGGCGAUUAUUGCGACAGGGGACCUGACUCUAAGAAAGUGAUUGAUUUCUUGAUUUCUUUGCCCUCAAAGUACCCUAAACAAUCGCACGUUUUCCUAUGUGGCAACCAUGAUUUUGCGUUUGCUGCAUUCUUGGGGCUGCUCCCGAGCCCGCCGGACGGGACCCCAUUCUCUGAGACUUGGAAGGAGUACGAGAUGAAUGAGACGAGAGAACUGUGGUACAAAGGUGAGGGUUAUGAGAAUAUGCACUUGCAAGGGAGGAGGUGGGCUGGCAGAAUGACUGGAUUUAAUCGUGCUAAGAAUACCGAAUACAAUGGCUCCAUUUACGAUGCCCGACCCACUUUCGAGUCCUACGGGGUCCCUCAUGGAUCUGCUGAUUUGGUUAAGGCAGUUCCUGACGAACACAAGAAAUUUCUUGCUGAUUUGGUUUGGGUACAUGAAGAAGACGAUGUUUGCAUAGAGACUAAGGAUGGAUUCCAAAAUUAUAAACUGAUUGCUGUACAUGCUGGUUUGGAGAAAAGUAAAGGGGUCGAAGAGCAGCUAAAAUAUUUGAAAGCCAAAGACACAAGAAUCCCUAAAGUCGAAGCUCUCAGCGGGAGAAAGAACGUAUGGGACAUUCCUGAGGAAUUGUCUAAAACUCCAACUGCUGUGAUAAGUGGUCAUCAUGGGAAGCUUCAUAUUGAUGAACUCAGAUUGAUAAUAGAUCAAGGUGGUGGCCUGGAGUAUAAUCCAGUGGCUGCAGUUGUGCUUCCCUCGAAAAAGAUUGUGCGCGACACUGAUUGA